GGAACCAGUCAAUUUUACCAGCACCAGAAGGGAGCAGAUUGCAUUAUAUUAAUUUCCAGUUGCGUCAUCGCGGGAUGCGAUAUUGCGAUGAGAGAAAUGUCAGAAUGAGAAGAGAAGCGUGAGAUGUAAGUGCAGGUGCGCUUGAAAAUCAAAAAUUGAUCACCAAGCAAAAGGAAGUUUGGGAAAGAGCCACACAGAAUUAAUUGUACAUCUUUAUGAGAGAAGUUUCAAGAGACAAUCUUGAUCCCUAUAUCGUCAUCGUCAGCAGCCAUGCAGAGUCAAAAUCGUCUGGCAAACAAUGCGCAGUAUGAGUUUUUACUCAAAAAAACCAUGGACCUUGAUUCGACCCAGCACUGGGUGAUGGAAGCCCUUGGGAGACCCGUCGCAGAAAAAAAGUUCUGCUCCUUUGUGCAGUCAGUCUUGGAACUCGCGACUUAUAAUCAAGUUGACUUUGCCCUGUGCCAGGGAAAUGUGAAGAAAUUGUACAAAAAACUGCUCGACUCUGAAGACGAUUGUCUCAGCUACACCAUCUACUUUUUGCGGGUCAAUAAGCUUUUCUCGCUGUCCUACCUCAAACUCAUGCAAGACCGACUUUUGCCAUGCAACGCUGUUUCAAAAGUAGAUCAGCAGCUUUGGAACUCGAUGAUCGCCAUUGAAUUCUGCUCUCGACUCAACCACUUAUACCACAGUGACGCCGACAAAGGUGGAUACGGACCGCUAGGAGACCCUUAUGCCAUUUUUGAGAUACCUUGGUGCCCAACACGAUUUCAUCAAUGGCUGUGUCCUGCCGUGAACUUGGCCAAUGCUUUAAACUUUGCGGUUCUGGAGUUCACAUCGUGGCACUUCCCAAAACAUUUAUCUCCAUUAAUGAUGGAAGUUCUCUUGAUGGUUAAAAAGUUUAAAGAAAGAGUAUUGUUUGGGAUCGCUCUGCUUGGCGCCAUGGUGAACCAGUUCCCAAAAUUUGAUCCUAAAAUUCCUGCUAUGAUCUUGGAUGACGUUCUCUUGCAUUGUGCUCCUAUCAUCAAAUGGUACGUCAACGAUGGCAUAAGCAACCUCCGCAGCUUCAAGAAACUGAUUUGGCCUGGAGAUACGCAAUUGCUAGCUUCGGUUGCAGGAAUUGUGGAGCCUUACCCAGAGGCAAUUUUUGCUUUGGAGCCCGAACUUGAAGAGUUGAGCCACAUGCAUAUCUACAGCUAUGAUUUCUGGGCCAACUUAAAGUCUAAGAAACUCCAGCACCUUUUUGGCAACGUAAAAAACUAUGAGGACUUGUCUAGAAGGCUUAAGAAGAAAAACUAUGGUGAAACUCAAAUCAACUUGGCCUUCAAAAAAUUUUCAGACAACUUACGUGAAUGUGAAGAAGAUGAAAUAAAUCAAUCAUUGGCGCCUGUUACAAAAAUGGCCUUGGAGCUUCUCUUGGAUGGAUUUCAAGUCUUGAAAUUGGCUUCUAUUAAGCAAGGAUCAGACUCGCCCUUGUACGAGGAUUUUUUGUACCGCCUGCAUGACAUCUUUGAUCAAAAGCCAGAAAUUGUGCUUGAAGUGAAAGAACUGCACAAAAUGAAAGAGACUUUCAACGAAUUCAAUAAUCCUAUCUGCCUUGGCAAGUAUCGGUGCUCAGAGUCACCAUCUUUCAAUGAUUUCAAGUGCCACUUUCACAAGCGCCUUUACAAGCUGGCAGCUCUGGUUGCAGACUACUCUCAUGGAAUGACUCAUUUGAAUUCCUUCAGUCUUCCCUAUGAUGGAACAAUGACUCUGAAAGAAUCUGACAAAAAAAUUAGACUGCCAAAUAAAUUUUUCAGUCGCAAGGAUUUGCUAAAAGAAUUGAAAGAAGCCCAGCCUGAGCCAUUGGAGAACGCUGAGCUGACAAUCUUCCGUCACAUUCAGGUUGAUACUCAAGAAUUGAUCGGCACGUUGGCUGCAGAAAGUUUGAGAUGGAUAGAUGAGAAAUUGGAGCCAUUUCCUCUGUGGCAGUUUAUUCAGUACUACUUACCAAGCCUGACAGCUUCCAUGAUGUGGAAGUCAAAUAUAGAAAAAGGGGUCAGAUCACCAAACAAGGAAAAUAUAGCCAAUUUCCUUGCAAACUUGGUGCAAUAUUGCACAGAUGCAUUUAAGUGCCACAAAUCUCAACAAAUGGCAAUGAAAACCAAGCUAAAGAGUGAAGGAAAUUACGAGGAGAUGUGCUUCUACGAGAUGCUGGUCCAGUUCCGAAAUCGAGAGCUCAACUGCAUCAUGGACUGGCUGUUCCUCGGCAAAAAGAGGAAAAAUAUUUUCCAAGAAGAAGAACUGCACCCUCUCCACUAUGGCUGGAUCAUGUCAAAUGAAGUCUCCGGAUAUGUUGACAACAAGCGAAUGAUCGAGCUUGCGAACCUUGCCCUGUUGCAGCACAACAACCCCACGCUUCCGUUUUCUCAAUGCAUAGCUGGCAACGCUGCUGCCCUGGAGGAAGCCAAAGGUAGAUUUGAAUUGCUGCUGCAAGUAGCCAGAAAGACGUAUGGACUGCCACUGAUUGGAUCACCGAUUCCUGACGAACCUCGCCUUUCCAAUCUCUAUCAAGCCAUGGCAAUUUUAAUUGAGUGCGACAUAAUCAUGUGCUACAACAUUCGUUUCAAUGAGAAGGAAGAAGUGCCUGUGAAGUCCAUGAACCCUGAUCUGAUAUUUUGCAAAUUCUAUCAUGAAUGGAAUUCAAAAUUCAACAAUCUGGGUAAUCCAGACAAAUUUGUCUUGAAGAAGCGCUUUUCCUCCCAACUGUUCAAUAACGAAGCCAAGAGUAAUGUGGAAGCUACAACUGAGGACAGCUUCAAAAAUGCUUGUGAAAUUCUCGUUAAGUUCAGGAAAAACAUGAAAAGUUUUGUGUACCCCAAAGGCUAUUUGAUGCCAAGAAAUUGUGCCGAAAACGUACAAGGUGCCAUUGAUAAAUAUGUGGGUGGCGACCUACAAAAUUUUCGCAGCAUCAUGAAUGGGCUCCUGUUUUGUGAAGAAUUGCAAGAAAAAAAUAUCUCUACGGAGCAUAUGGAACACAAAGAAGAGAUCAAGGAUGUCAAGAAGAAGAAAAACAGAAAAGGGAACACUCCUCGAUGUGCAGCAUGCAAAAAGAUUGACGGCUACUUGGGCGUUGAGCUUUUCAUGUGUGAAGAGUGCAAAAGUAAUAUGGAUGAAUUCAACAGAACCGUUGAAGACAUAUUUUGGUUUUGCAGCCCAGAUUGUGAAGAAAAGGCGCUGACAGAUGGAGAGCAUUUGGAGGAACAUGCUCAGUUUUACAUUAGUUUGGUAGAAAUCUGAUGUGUGUUAAUUUAUUAUAGCCUCAUGUUUAGGCAUAAACACAUAAUUUACUCCAGACUCGAUUAAUCGUAAAUAAUUUAUGUGAUUAAAAUUAAAGGAGAAUGUUUAUUCUCUUUCUGCUCAAA